GGAGAGGCACGCUCGGAGGCGCCCUCGCGAGUCCCGGCGGCGGCGGCACGAUGCUACGGAGGCUGCUCCAGCGCUGGAGCGUGCUGCUGUUCCUGCUCGGCUGCGCCGUGCCCUCCCGCGGGCGCUCGCUGGAGGGGCUCGGCCGCAGGCACAAGCGCGCGGUGUCGGAGCACCAGCUGCUGCACGACAAGGGCAAGUCCAUCCAGGACCUCCGCCGCCGCUACUUCCUGCACCACCUGAUCGCCGAGAUCCACACGGCCGAGAUCAGAGCUACCUCGGAGGUGUCCCCCAACUCCAAGCCUGCGCCCAACACCAAAAACCACGCCGUGCGGUUCGGCUCAGACGACGAGGGCCGGUACCUCACUCAGGAGACGAACAAGGUGGACACUUACAAAGAGCAGCCGCUCAAGACGCCCGGGAAGAAGAAGAAGGGCAAGCCGGGCAAGCGCAAGGAGCAGGACAAGAAGAGGCGAAGGACGCGGGCGGCCUGGCCGGGCACAGCCGCGAGCGGCCUGCUGCAGGACCCCCGGCCUCACACCUCCAGGACCUCGCUGGAGCCGAGCUCAAGGACGCAUUGAAACUUUCAUCGCAGAUCUUCCAAGGACACGUUACAGGAUUUUGUAAUAGUAAACACAUGGAAAGUAUUAGACAUAUUUAUUGCCUGUACACACUGUAAAUGCGCUGGGACCCGACUGUCUCCCCAGGAACUGCACAUUGCUCAUGUGAAUAUGUUUUCUUUGUUGCCAAGGCUAAUCCAAUUAUUAUUGUCACUGUUGCCGUAAUUUAUUUUGUCAACUGAUGUAUUUAUUUGUAAAUGUAUCUCGGUGCUGCUGACUCUGUUUUUUGUAACAUAAUGCACUUUAGGUAUACAUAUCAAGUACAUUGAGGAAUUUAACUCAAAAAGGUGUCUCUAUGUCGUGGUUGAUUUAAUGAGUGCUGAAAUAUAAUUAUCUAGACUGAGUUCCUUCUGUGCAUGUAAAAAUGGCGGUAUUUUAAAUUUGUAAAGAAAUGUCUAA